AUGUAUGUGAAAUGGUUUGAUACAGGAAUGUUUUUACUAUGUGAUUUUAGUGUAUUUAGUGAAUGUCACUUUUUGUCAUUUUCAAAUUUCCCGCUGUUCCGUCCCCCGUACAUCUUGACGUCGCAGGGGACGGAACCCAGAUGACAGAUGCUGGCAUCUGCCGGAGGACAUUACAGGGGACAUUGCAGGAGGGACAUCGCGGAAGAGCAGGACAAGGUAAGAGAAGAACAGAUCCCGGAGCAGCGCCGCAUGGUAAGCCCAAGUGUAGCUCGGGGUUAACACUUUUGCUACACUCGGGAAUACCGUCAGGGAGGCUA